CGCUCGCUGCAGCGAUCGGCUCCGCUCCGCCGUCGAGGAGGGAGAGGAGAGAGAGCGAGAGGAGAGGGACGGGACCGCGCGCCUCGCCUCGCCCAGCCCCGCCGCCCGGCCCGCGCCUCGCCGCCCGCCCCGCUCGCCCCCACCGCCGCCCGCGCGAAGAUGGCCGGCUGGCAGAGCUACGUGGACAACCUGAUGUGCGAUGGCUGCUGCCAGGAGGCCGCCAUUGUGGGCUACUGCGACGCCAAGUACGUCUGGGCAGCCACGGCCGGCGGCAUCUUCCAGAGCAUCACGCCAGUAGAAAUAGAUAUGAUUGUAGGAAAAGACCGAGAGGGUUUCUUCACCAAUGGUCUGACCCUUGGUGCGAAGAAGUGCUCUGUGAUCAGAGAUAGCCUGUAUGUUGACGGCGACUGCACAAUGGACAUCAGGACAAAGAGUCAAGGUGGUGAGCCAACAUACAAUGUUGCUGUAGGCAGAGCUGGCCGAGUCUUGGUCUUUGUAAUGGGCAAAGAAGGGGUCCAUGGAGGCGGAUUGAAUAAGAAGGCAUACUCAAUGGCAAAAUACUUGAGAGACUCUGGGUUCUAGUUGCUAGGCAGACUGUUAAGUAUUAGGGGAAGAUUGCUAUUAAACUUUCCUGGUGGUGAGCUUUAAACCUUACAUUCUGGAAACUUUACUAGCAAUGCAGGGUGAUGGGGUAUGAACCUGUGUCUCCUUUGUAUCCCUUUGUUGGUGGGGAAAGGUGUUUUUGGGUUUUUUUUCCCUUUAAUUCUGUUCAUUUCUGUUUUGUUUCCUUGUGUACUCCAGCAUUGGUUAUAGUCAUGGGAAAGGAAGGUGUCCAUGGAGGGACACUCAACAAGAAAGCAUAUGAACUGGCUUUAUACCUGAGGAGGUCUGACGUCUAAGCAGCCUCUCCCCAUCCACCUAGCAACUGUCUUCACCACCACCCAGUUGUGUUCAGUGCUACCAGACUGUAGAUGGUAGUUUGUGUUUUUUAUUUACCCAUUUCCUAAUGUCAUAAUUCCAGUUACCCUUUGUUCAUUUAUAUGUUAACCACUGUAUGUAACCAAGUCCCAUAUCUGGCACCAUUACUGCACCACAAAGAUGAUAUGCAUGAUACCUUGAAAAACUCUUGGGAGGGUAAUAUGCCAAGUGUAGGCUUUGCUUUGUCUUAGCAAUUAGCGUGAUAUUGAUGACUAAAACAACUUAAAUACUAAACAAGGUGCCGAUUGUACAAUCUAAUUUGAUCAAUGCCUCUUCAGCACUUUGAGCAAUUACACAGCUCACUAGUCUUCCUUUCAUAGAACAUGGUUGGGAGGAAAAAAAGUGCAUGCAUAUCUUUACUACUGUCCCUCUUUUUUUUUUUUUUUUUUUUAAAUCCACAUUUGUUUGCUUACACCCAUUUUUAUAGUGCCUGGUUUGUUUAACCGAUUUGCCACUCAAAAGCUAUUAAUAUUAUGUUAGUUUUGUCAUUGCACUUCACUGUAGGCUUAAGUCUUUUCUUCAUGUCUGAAGCUUGUAAUGCUUAACAAGUGCAAUCACAAAACUAUGAAAGGGUACAGAUGCACUUCCUCCCAUGACCUUAAAACCACCAUCCCGAAUGAAUCCCCAGACAUUCCAUCAUUGCAAUAGCUCAGGCACUUUUUCUUUUUUUUUUUCCUUUUUUUUUUUUUUUUUUUUUUGCCAGCUCCUGUUCUGUAGUUGAAUUGUAAAAGGCUGCCAUUAUGGACAUUAGAUAUCCCAACAUAACCAUCUGGAGUGUGUCUGGUUUCAGUUUUUCAUAGGACCAAUUUUAAUUUGCAGCUUGGGUGUUGUGGGGUAUUUUUUUUGUCAUUUUUGGUUUUUUAAUAUGAAACUGCAAUGUCAUUGUGGAAAACUGCCACCUUCAGCUAUACUGGGAGAUCUCUGACUCCAGUCUUUCUGCCAGAUCACUUACUGGUAAAGACUUUUGCUGCUCUGAAGCCACUGUUCGGAUGAAGGUUGGUAGUUUGAAAGCUAAACUGUCAAAAUGAUGCCAUUUCAAAUUUAAAAUCUCCAUUUGGCCUGUCACACCCUUGCUGCAGAAAUUAUGGAGUGAACUGCCUUGUGCACUAGUCAUCUGAAAUGUCUGUAACCAAACUCUCAGUUCAGGCACGGUACUAACUUGUAUGUCCAUUUAAAGAGAACUGCAGAACUCUGUAUACAAAAGAAUAAAUGGGAGAUGGUAUUGGUUGGAAUAACUGACUUGGCUGUCUUGUGAUGAAUUUUUUAAUAUGUAUUCUGUGCCAUACUAUUGUUUUAAAAAAAAUAAUGAACUGUUGCUAUUGUGAGAUGGAUUUUAACUGACUAUGAGGGUUUCUUUUGAAUGGCACUACUUUAGGGGACAUUCUAGUAUUUGCUUCUACUGUUGGGCCUUGUGGAUAAUGUACAGAUUUAAACAAAUUCUUGUUGCUGAUUUGUCCACUUCUUUCCCUGCACUUUGUUACAUCUGGGAUACAGUCUAACUCAUCUGAUUUAAUAUGCAUUUCAAAAAAUGCCAUAACUAUUAAAAACACCUUGUUUACAGACAGAUGAAAUAAAUUUAUUCCAACCAAACAAAA